CGGUGGUGGUGGCGAGCCGUAGACUCGAGCGAAAGGGAAAAUGGUCGGGCGAACACUUUUUUUUCUCCCCCAUUUACACCCAGGUUUUUUGACACGGCCGUCGGUUCGAUCGACUUCCAUUUGUCUCUGAGCAUUCCGCUGGCUAGGGUCCGAAUCCGCGCUCCGGUAAAAUCGAGGUAACAUCGCGAAGAUGCGUGUCGUCCGCGUUCGUCUCACCUAAUCUCUGUUUCGCCGCGAGUUACAGUUUGCCGGAAACUCUUCGAAGAUUGAUAACCGUUUCCGUGUUCCGGUCGACGUCAGUGUGUAAUUUCCAGGAGCCAGAUUAUAUCCAAGGGAACAGAGAAAACAGAGAAAACUGUCGGGGAACAUUCGAAAGUUUCAAUUUGCUUGAUCCUCCGGACGCACCGUGAUCACCAGUGAUUUGAAUCUGUGCGCGACAACGGUACCACAAACCGUCCAGGAAGGAUCCGUGCGCCCCGGUGAACUGAAAUGAUACAUUGGAUAAGGCUCGCCUAAGAAGCUCGCAAGAAUGGUGCGGAGAUUUUCGUGGUGCACGGUGGUGGCAUUGGUGGUGCUGCUUUUCGUCACAACCGAAGGUCUUCGAGAACGAAGUACUCAGGUCGACGAUUAUAAAACCCCUAACGUCAGGGAUCGUGGGGCACUGAGGUUCAACAGUAAAUCUCCAGAAGAAGCAUCCACCAGCCUCCCAUUUUCAAGAUCCAAAUCCCCCAGGGACAAGGCCACGCAAUCGAAGAAGUUCACCGAAAGGCGCGAUGAAGGGACAAACCAUUCCAACACCGAAACGAAAUUCGAGUCGAGUAAACGCUCGAAUUUCAGAACAACGAAAACAUCGGAAAGAAACAUCUCCACUGCAGGUGAAAUAACGAACAGCUCCAGAAGAUCACCCUUAGGUAAAAACAUCGACGAAAUCAAGAAAGGAGAGCCGACGAUCAACAGGAGAAACGGGAAGAGAUACUCAUCGGACAGUAACGACGGAACGCGACCAAACGACGACAGGAACGUUCUAUCGAAUCCUCCGGUAGAAUUAUCCAGGAAAACGUUCACAAGAACGUUCAGUACUUACGAAGUCACUGAAAGAUUAGACGGCAACGAACCUUCAGUUUUCACUGCUACCACUGAAUCCUCGAGAUCCAGAACCGGAAGGAAGAUCCAGACGACGUUUACAUCAAGAGAUUUCAAGACUCAAAUACCUACCUCCAGAAGAUACAGCAACAGAAACUCUGAGGGUGCUGAUCCAACGACAGUUUCGUUGAAAAGAUCUGGAGGAAGACGAUCAACAACAGAGAGGAUCGAAAGAGGCACUAGGUCAGGCAGAUCGAAAGUGAGCAACAGAGAGAGCAACGCGAUCAGUCGGAAAAAUCAAGACACUGUCCUCUCGGAAUCCGAGAGUGUCAGGGUUGACAUUCCUUUGACGGUAGAGAGCACUGAAAAUCCUAGCACUGAUGUCACCACGCCGGUCGGAGCUUUCUCGCAGAGGCAGUCGGUGACCGAGUUCAGCAGGAGGUCGGACACUAAGGAGUCUCUUAGAGUUAACUCGAGAAGAGGAUCAGAGAGAUCGAAGGGUCAAGGACGAUUUAACAAUUCCGACUCUAAUUCGACCGGUAGAAGUUCAAGGAGAGGAUCCUCCAAGUUCAAUGACAACGCCACAACGGAGACCAGCGAGCAGACCGUUAGCUGGAAGAAGAACGCGAUUUCUAGAGAACGUUCGAGGGUUGCGGAAGGAAAGAAGGCCGCUGCGAGCGAGCCGAGGUCUAGAUUGAGGAAUAGGAAUUUCGAGAAUAGUGUGAACAGUGCAUCGACGGUUUCUGAACAAGAGGUUAAACGGAAGUCGUCUGGGGAUAGGAAUCUAGGGGAGCGGAGAUCUAGGGUGCCUGAGAGCACUGCGAGAUCCGUUGAAGGUCGUGGGCAGGAUCAAGAUACACGUAGGGGUAGGAGUAGGAGAUUGAACGCGACAACUCCGGUUGCUUCGGUAGAUGUCACGUCAACAAUUGCGCCGGAGACAUCGGUCGUCACUGAAGUUCUGACAACUUCUACCGACGCCGAAAUUCUGACCAGCACAGAUAGAUCCACAGCAUCGACUACUGUUACCUCAAGAACGCUGACAACCACGGCCAGACCAUCUUCAACCACGUCGGCUUCCGAAGGGCGAAAUAGAGGCCGUGGCAGGGGCGGAAACCAAGGACGAGCGCAGCUUAAAGAGGAUUUCUUCAAUCAUGGCCUUGGAUUUAGAGGUCGCAAACCUUCGACGGAAGGACCAACCGCUGCUGGCGACUCUAAGAAGCCUGGCUCGUCAAAAAACGAUUCGCACUAUGGUAAUCCAGGCUGGACACUUAGAAGACGACCGGGUUACUCGAACAACUCCGAAAGUCCUCCGAAGACAGCGCUACCCUCGCCAAGGGAGCAAACGAACGAAGUGAUCCCAUCGAACGAGCAAUCGACGAGCACCGAAGUUGUGUCAACUGUGGAAAGCUCCACCAGGAGAAGCUUCAAGAAGCCACAAGCAAGCACCGAAGAAAGUACUACAGUGUCGGCCGCAACAACGAAAAGCUCGAGGAGGGGCAACAAGUCUUUUGGACUCAGCAAAGCGUCAACGGAGUCUGAGGAAAGCGACAACUACCCUCCCGAGUUUAAAGCGAGAUUGUCCCAGCUGAAGGUUACGAAUACCAAAACAUCAGCCCCGAAAUCUACUUCUAGAUCACCUUCAGAGGUGAAGAAAUCCUCGACAGCUCUGUUCGCCGAAAGAUCGAAGCUGAAGCUGGACCUGGCUAGGAGGUUAGUCAAGCCAGAGUUGAACAUCGAGGAGAAUGAUCUCGACGCAACCACGGCAUCCUCUUUCAGCAAACCGAAACCGACCGGCAAGCCGGUGCCCGACGAGGCGACCAAGGUCGCCAAGUUCACGAAGCUCGAUCGCAGGGCUUCCACGGGAAGCUCGCAGGAGGACGAGAAAGCCCCGAAACUUUACCGGCCGAGGAAAAGUUCCGAGGGUCCCUCGAAGGUUACCGCUAGACCGUCCAACUCGAAGAAAGGGCGAAUCAUUUCCGAGAGAAUGGUCACUUCGAUCUCGGUCGAAGAAAGGGUAGAGGAAACCACGAGAUCGUACCAGCCAACGAAUCCCACUGUCACCGUUUCCUCGGAAGAAGUACCAUCGGCGACCACCCUAGACACAACUAGGAUCCGCUUUUCCAGCAGGGGUGGCAAAAAGUCUAAGGAAGAUACGUCGAAUGCGCGCAAAAACUCGAAAGUCCCAGCGAUAGAAAGUAACGACACCAUUACCACCUUCAAACCUAAGAAAGUAUACGCGUACCAAUCACGCAACAGAAAGACCCAGGACCAACCAUCUGAUCUGACUUCCGCAACGAUCGCGCCGAAGAAGUCCACCACGCGAGGAGCUAAACAGAGCUCGCGGCAAAAGUUCGCGGAGGAAUCGAAGGAAGAAAUUGCUCCUAAAAAGGCGAAAUUCGUUGAAAGUGUGACCAAGCCUACUUUCCGACCUCGUUACAGUAAGAGGACGAAGGAAAGGAGUUCUGAGGAGAAGGCCGAGUACCAGGCAAUUAGUACCACGAAGUUACCCGCAGCUACCAGUAGAUACUCUAAAAAGAAGGCAGCUGUGAAGACUGUAGAUAAAGUUAGAGCUAUCAGUACUGAGAGUCCAGCGACGCAGACCAAGAAGAUAGAGUUCCGACCCAGGACAGCUACUUAUAGGAGGCACUCGGAUGUCCCGACGACCGUGAUACAGACAACGACGAAGGUGGACGGUGCCGGAGUCGCCAUCACGCCCCGAUCGCCGCAGUCCCUGGCUAGCCUGAACACCACCACGCCAUCCACUCCAUCGGUAUCGCAGGAACCACAGGUUAACCUGAUGAUCGCGAACGACACUGCGCAGCAGACGACUGGCAUUACCGGCAGCAGCAACGGCGACAGUGGUAACACGAAUGUCUUCAACCCGACCAGGAGCGCGUUCAUCAUUGGAAAUGGCACGCUGCUGGAACAACUUAGGAGCACGGUGGCACCGUUGCUCAGCUCCCUCGGUAACAAAACACCCGUGUUCUCCGCUGCCUACAGCAACGUCAACACUGCGAAUUCAAGUCCCAGGAUCACACCGAAUGGAUCGCCACCGCGAUUCAGUGCGAGAUACAAGGGCGCUGAAUUGUUUGUCAGAAAACCGAGUAACGUUUAUCAGCCCACUGUGCCAUCGAUCACCAGUUCGUCCACUACCCCGGUUACUCCCGUAGAGAGCAAUACCCCACUGAAUACGCAAAUGGGGACAACGUCGAGUGCAAUGUCUGCGAGUGGUGGUCGGCUGACGCCGAUAGUAAGUACCGGUCGACCGCCGACCGAUUCGCAGGGCGGUCGUAUCGUCCAAGAUCGAGAGAGGGACGAGGCCACCAGGACGAAAGAGGCCGGAGGUCAACGCAGCUCCGUGUACAUCGGACAGGACAAGUUCGUCAACUAUUGGACCGACGGAGCUGGUAACACUAACCCGCGGGUUGUCAGUGUAAAUAUCAAUUCAGUAGCUGGUGGCGUAAAUGAAGGUCCAUCGUCCUCGAUAGUCUCAUUCGAUAACCUUUUGAAUAGUGGACAAAACGGACCAGUCACAGCUCCGCCUGGAUUCCCAUGGAGAGAUCCGUUGGAUCAAAUUUUUGGUAUCACUACUUCCUCGCCGGUGAUAACAGCUUCAGUAGCUUCGAACACGUUGGAUGAUUUGGCAGAUUCGAACGGUCCAGCUAGUCCGGUUAAUCCAUUUGUCGAGAUUUUUACUCCAUUCUCUAGUACGAUGAACAGAGCUAACCAAAUGUCAUCAACUCAGGCUCCAGCCAGCCCACCAACGACAGCGAUGUCACCUCAGACUACUACUACAACAACGUCGGCACCAAUGACGACCACUACUACCACAACUAUGGCGCCAACUACGACGACCACAACUACUAUGGCUCCAACAACAACAACAACGACGACGACGACAUCAACGACAACGACAACGACGACAACAACACCAGCACCAACCACUACCAUGCAACCUUCGUCUUCUCCUCCAGCGACGACUGCAUCCCCAGUGACACCUAAUCAGAAUUUGGCUUCGAAUCUGUUGAACCUACAAAAUAACCUGUCACCAAACGUGCAACAACAAAAUGCAUUCGGCACAACGUUCGAUGACUUAGCAUUCUUAAACUCAUUGUUGCAGGAUAAGUCCAAAGACACAAGCCCGAAGACUCUUACGCAAGUUGAACAGCUCUUGGCCAAUAAGAUUCUGUCGCUGGCUCUAAACGGACAAGGGCCAAGCCCGACCAGAGCACCAAAAGCCAUCAACGUCCAAAACGCGUCUCCAAAUUUAAUCCUGCCUUCAACAAGAUCUCCUUCCGAGCCAAUAAUCAUCGACUUACUGCCAUCGUCAACAGCGGGUCCGCCAACGUGGAGACCAGUGCCGACGCCACAGCAACAAAUACUGAACGAGGCACCAAUAAACGGCAACUCCUUGCCCGGCCAAGCAACGAAGAAGCAAAUUUCAACCACAACCGCCAAAAGCAACAAACUUUCGUCCACCACAGCUAGAACGAGUUUGAUAAGCACGACAAAGGGUCCAGUAUCUAACACAGCUAAACCGCCGACUAUUCCGCGACCCAAGACCACUACCCAAGCACCAUUGGGACUCGGCGCAAGUUUGUGGCAAGCGUUGUUCGGCGGUGGUCUGUUUGGCCCGUCGACCACUGCCAGACCUGUGAAGCCAAAACCAGUGAAGACUACUCCGAAAUCGAUUAACAUUACUCCCAAGCCAAUUCCAACGACCCAAAAACCAGAAACUACUCAAGUAACUCCGUCCACGACUACGUUCAGGACUGUAGAUAUCUCGAAGAUUGGAGUCGGCACGCCGAAUUCGAUCGUAAAAGAAGCGAAAUCAGUGACCACGCCUCGUUCUAUAUCCACGGCGAAGUCAUCGUUGGCGAAUAAUCCGAAGCCGAAAGUUUCAAAGACAGAGGCGUCCACUUUCUCCCCUGAAGACGAUGCGAAAUUCUUAGUGGCACUUCUGCGCGCUGUUCAAGAUGAAAAUAAAGCUGUCCCCGGGAAAAAGUCGUCAGGUACGAAAGAAGAUGACGAAUCAUUCUUGAGAGCGAUAUUAAGCGGACGAGCUCUCACGACCACUACUCCGGCACCAUUAAAUGAAAUCAACAAUGCUGCGUUGCUAGCGGCAUUGCUCAAGGCUCAAGGCAUAGAACCACCGACUCCUGCGAACAACAUCAGAGAGCAACUAUUGUUAGCCAGCAUCGGGCAGAGCGUUACCUCCGCUCCGGCCGCAUCCCCAACUACCGCUUCUACGACAAUUACAACAGUACCAACGUCGGCUGCAACUCGACCUACGGAUAAGACGGUGACACCGGGACCAACCUCAAGACCAAGGAUACGCACUACAACGUGGACGCCGAGCUCGACGUAUCCUCCCCCCCUCUUCAGUUCCUUCUCCAAUUACGGUACUCCGGUACAGUCGGCCGGUGGUGAUAAUUCUGGAAGCGGCGCGUUAUUCGGUGCUACCAGGGCGUUCAGUCAGUUUCUUGGUGCCGCGAUAAGUGGGGCGGCGCAGCAAUUACAGUCCUUAGUCAGAAAUGGAACUAAAAUUGUGUCCGACGUGGUGGGAUGAAGUUGACAUCAGGGAAAGAAUAUUAAUAUAUAAUCCUUAGAGUAAGAAAUUCUGUUGCGGACGUGACGACUUAAAAUGGUACGAGUGUAAUUUCGCUUUGGGAAUCUGGUGGUAACGAUACUUCGAAUUAGUAAUCGCAUAAAAGUAUCCGAAUCGGUAAUUUUCAACAAAUUUUAUCGGCGAAUCAUAUGUUUGUUUGAUGUCGGAGAGACACUUCCUAAACAUCUUUCUUUUUCAUGUAUAGAUCGUAGUAUUACAUGUACUAGUUUGUGCUCUAACUUGUUGGCUGACGUAUUCGACUACGUACAUACUUUCUUUUAAUCAAUGUAGAUAAUAGCGUACAUACGUUUUAAGCAUUACUCGAUUCUGAAUCUUUAAAACACGGAGUCUCCGAAGAAUAAUUUAUUUACAAUGAUGUUUAAAACCUUCGAAGAUCUGUUCGAACAUUCCUGAAAUCUAAUUAAACGUUUCUUGCCACAUUUGCCAAAAUACCACUUCUCAUCGAGAUUAUUAAAGUAUUACAACAAAUUAAUUCAUAACGCUAGAACUACUAGAUGGAUUAACACGAUUCUGUAUUCCUUUCUCUAAAAUUAUUGAAGGCACACAAACGAUUUUUGGAGAAAUUAUUAAAUAAAUCGUCUCAAUCAGAAAUUUCAAUAAUUCCAUUCUUGUAACUUAUACAGGAAAUUUACAAAUAGUUUCUCUAAUCGGUAGUUCUAGUGCAUAAUAGAACCUAGGAACUAAUUUGAAACAUCUUACAUUUUCAAUUUACGUUCCAUACACCACGACGUUCGCAUUUCGACAAUGAACAAUCGAUUAAUACUAGAACUACCGAGCAUUUGAUAUGAUUGUUACACGAUUCCUAUAAACACUCUAAGAAUACAUUUCUUCGGUUUCUUCAGGUGUCCGUUACAGUAUCUAAGAGUGAAACUAUUUAUUUCCAAGACCAGCUCAGAUAUUUAAUUCCAUUAAAACACGAAUAAUUCUUGAGUAAGAACUAAUCUAACCAAGAUCCAAUUAGUUCUAGUAUUACCCGAGCAACUUCGUGUUUUAAACAUUAAGAGACAAAUUGUUCAACGUUUCGAGUAUCGAUCCGAGAUCGACGGCUUCGCAAAUGUUUCUGGGGUACCGGGCAGAAACGGUUGCACGCCACGUACCGGUUGAGACAUUUGUAACGUUCGUCGCAAUUAAGGUAAUUAAUCGGGGCCGACGGUGCUCGUCACGGCGACGAUUCGCGUGCGUUCCGUGUGAAACCUGGGACUCGACGCAAGUGAGGCCCACCCACAAAGAUCGAUUUAACGACGAACUCGUCGGCGAUGCUGUUCAGAAAGGUGGUUAGCUUAAAGCGUCUCUGAAUGGGAGCGAGAAUGAGACAUGUGUGCAUGCGUGUGAAUAAGUUGGUGUAUGAGAGGGAAUGUGUAAAAGGGAGAUAUAAAGAAAGAGGGAGCGAGAAAGAGAGAGGAUAAGGAGAGAGGAAAGAAAGAAAGGGAGGAGGAGAAAAAGAGAAGCGAAAGGGUGGUUCGACAGUGAAGCGUCAACCGAGAGCAUUGUGUACAGUUCGCGCGCACCUUGACUGUUGGUGUGCCGCGCACCUUUUUUUCCUUUUUUAUAUAAUAAAGCUGGAAGUGUGUAUAGUACACGGGUCCUUGGAGUCUUGUUUGUCUUUCAUUCGCGCGGAUGGUAGCUCGCCAGUAAUGAUAGCGGCGUGUAAUAAGCUUGGCAACUUAACGAGCACGAGCUAAGGGUUGAAACGUUGACGGCGGUUCUUUUUCCUCGUAUUCGGGAAUUUAGUGAUAUAGCGUAUUGUAGUUGCACGGUCCCGCUGGAAUUUCGUCGCGGCGGGAUCACGCGGGCGAGUGUCAUCGCGGAGGACUUUUCAUGCGUUCAGCGACGCGGCUCUUUCAACCCCUUGCCCUAUCACUUAUUUCUUAAUUAUGAUCGAUAUACUAGUUUAUCGCUCAUUUAUUAGGGAAAGAAAGGAUCUUGAUGUUUGUUGUAUGUCUACGUUAACUCCAAAGGUUAAGGAAAUAUUUAAAUAAUAUUUUAUUUAAAAGGAAAUAAAUAAUACUUAGACUUCUCGAAUUCAAUUGAAAAUUUUUAUGACGAGUCUCAUAGAUUAUUGUAGGUCUAGGGGUUAACCCCUUGCGCUAUGAUCCACUUCGCAAGUUUAGAACUAUUUUGUUGUUCAUUCUUCGUUGGAAGAAGAAUUCUAUGAUUAUUCUAUAUUCUAAGGUUACUUUGAAGUAUUAGAAGUGGUAGUAUUGGGAAAUUAUAGAUAGAUAGAAAUAUCUGUCAUAAUGGAAAAGUAAAUAUAUUAUCAUAAUAGCAAAGUAAAGAAAUUGUUACGAUACAAAAAUAAUAUUAGGUCUACUGAAUAGUUUUAUCGAUAAUGUUAUUUCAGAUUUCCAGAGAUGAGUGAUUCUCUGGAAAUGAAAUCAGUAAAUAUUAAUAAUAAUUUUCAGUAAAUAUUAAUGAAGGUAUAUUGUAAAUUUAUUAUUUUGUUUUAAUUUAAAUAUGGAUAGAACUUUCCGAUAGAUCUAAUGUUUCAUUUGGAUUUCGAAGAAUUAAGUGAUAUUUAGAUUUUUCAUUUGUAUUCGAAACAUUUGCUGCGAAUCUGACACGAUACCGUAGGGCAAGGGGUUAAGGUCGGCGUUUCGAGGCGUUUAUUGAACACACUUACACGAAUCCCUCUGUAAUUUUCGAUUUUGUGUGCCGAUAAUUAUGUACGGUUCGCGCGCCGUUAUUUAUAAACGAAGUGAAGA